AUGCAUGAAAUACUUCUAGAAACUCAUAUUUUAUCCGCUUUUUGCAUUUGUGCACCAGGUAUCAUGGGGAAAGAAAAAUUAGCGUUUGCAAAAGAGCUCACUGAAACGCUGCGAAUGUUCCGCGAACAAAUGGUGGCGUCGGCAGAAAUCCAGCAACAGCAGAUGGCUGAGAAUCGGCGGCUACACGAAGAAAUAGCGGCACGAGCUGCAGCUGGAUCCGAGACGGAGACUCUUGAGAACGUGACUGUGCAGACACCCUGA